CGUGUGUUACUGAGGCUUCAGAAGAAAAUGGCAACAUUCACUCCUUACGUCAUAGCCCAGCGUACCAAAGUCGUCGCUGUCUCUGUCGUUAUCUUUGCCGUCGCUUGUGUGUGUCAGAUCGUUGCUAUAGCAACACCAGGAUGGCUGUCCACCCCGGGAGUCAUCGUGGGGUUGUUCAUCUACUGCGGCUCCUUCACCACCCAAUCCAGCACCAGCUCCGUGCGAGACUGUACCAGCAUCAGCCCCAAGGAGACACCCGAUUCCCUUCAAGCAGUCCGGGUGUUGUCUGUCAGCACAUCGGCGAUGCUUUUGGUCGCCUUCAUCACCUGCUGUUUCCAUACUCGUCACGUGAUCAAAAACGAAAACAUCAACAAAAAACUGGUCGUAGUUUGCGUCGGAUUCGCUCUCACCGCAGUCGUGAUAACAGUGAUAGCCAGCAUACUGUUUGGGGUGGAAUGCAAGCAGAAGAUGCCCUCUGAUGGCUACUACAAGUACGACCUCAACUAUUCUUUUGCCCUGUACGUGGCUGGGGGGAUCUUCACAGUGUUGGCAGCUGGUCUGGUGGUGGCCAGCAUCAAAAGCUUGACCAGGCUGCUCUUGGUUUAAUUAUGUAACAGACACAUGUUAUCUACAGAAGUAUG